AUGCGAUAUCUCGCGAUCGUCGUUCUUCUCGCUCGGUACGGUCGAGGUGGAUACGCGUCAAGCGUCAGAGGUCGAACGACGGAUACUUGGCUUCCCAACGAUGUUUGCGCGUAUCUCGACGUCGAUCUAAACGUUACUGGCACCCAUGGUGCGCCGGACGUCGUCGAACAUCUCGACGCUUGCUUAUGCCUGUCGGAGGUCACGAACUUCUGUCAAUCCGACGCCAUCCCGCUAACUUUGUCAAGCGUCAAGGACAAGAAGGAAGUCGAGAACGCUCUGAGCGAUCUGAUCAAGCAGCAUGCCGCCGACGCCAAGUGUGUUUACCCGCUGCACGCGAAGCCCAUCUGUAUCGGCGACGAUCCCUGCGGCUUCGUCUGCACAGACGGCUUCGAAUCUUACACACCGCCGGACGCGACGUCCUCGACUACGCCCUGCACAACGAGUUCCACACUUCCUACGAGCUCCUCCCUCUCGUCAACUCUCACGACCUCAGCGCCGACCCCACUCCCAACCGCUCCCAACUCGACCACAUGCAUCUGCCCAUCACCCAAGAUCAUCUGCAACGGAAUCUGCACGAGCGCGAGGAGCUGCCCAUCGCAAGUCCCGCCCGUGAAGCGGCAGAAACGUUGGGUCGGAUCUGGAGCUUGUACUAUGCGCGGAGAUGGAUGGAUGGCGUGUGGUGUGUACGGCGGUGCUGCACGCGCUUGGGAGUGUAUCGACACCAACACCGAUCUGGAGAGCUGCGGCGGUUGCGAUCUACCGCUCACUCCAUACUCGCUACGCGGGACCGACUGCAGUGCUCUUCCAGGCGUCGCAGACGUAUCCUGCCACAAUGGCUCCUGUGCCGUGAGACGCUGCCUCCCGGGAUGGACGGUCGCGCUGGAUAGGAGCCACUGCGUGUCUUAUGGCGCUGAUGGACGCGUCGUUGUUCAGAUUCCAGCGGUCUAG